UUCUGUGAUCACGACGAUGGACACGUGGCCUUACUUCUGAGCCACAAACCAAUAAUGCUCAGAGAGUGUCAAUGGCUCACACAGACCCCACGGAUAAAGAAAAAAUCAAUGCUAGAGAAAGCAAUUUCUGAGGUUCCCCAAACGCCUUGGGAACAUCACAGGGCAGUCACUUGUGCCGGAUGCAUACUUCCCUAAGCAGUGGUUCCCACUGUGAAGACAAGAGCACUCAGCCACCCCGCAACGCCGCUGCUGCAGGAGCUGAGCCAGGGACACUUCCCGGAGGCCCUUGCUGCUCACCUCUGCACAAGACGAACAUCAGGCCUGGUGCGUCCCACCCCCAGCACUCUCGGCCCCCACCUGAGGAGGAAGCUAGAGGGGAGCAGGGGCAGGAGCUCGGCACUCCCAGGCCCCCAGAGCAGCGUGUGGGAAAAGGCCACAGAGCGCUGUCCUUACAGACACUGCAUCCUCAAGGGACAGGGGCGCCAGCAAGGGAACAACUGAAGGAAGCUCACAUCACUGGUCUGGGCACUGUCUGCCAGGGCCUCACAAGGCCCGGCCCAGCCCCACUCCACUGCCAGCCUCAGCCCCACACCGCUGACCCUGGCUGCCUUCUCUCUCCCCAGAUGGAAGUUGAGAUCCUGCUGCCUCAGGCAGCCUGUGUCUGUCCACCCUGUAUGACCCCCACUCUGGCCUCGUCUCUGCUGCUUCCUCCUGCCGAGACCAUGGAGUCUACACUCAAGCACCACUGCUCAAGCUGGUGCCCUCGGAGAGGCCAGGAAAAGAUGCAACACACUGCCCGGAAAGCCACUGCCCAGGCUCGGCCACCCACAAGCCUAGCCCAGCAGGAAGGUUGGCCUGCACCUCUGGGAACACCUGCAGCAACCACAAAGGGCUGGGGCCUCGGCCUUCUCUUAACCUCCCGGGCACCUCUGUCUCCGCUCCAUCCUCCUGGCUUUCUAACCCUCCACACCAGGAUGGGAGAACCCUGUGCCAGCCUGGGAACCGGGCGGCCACAGCAUGGGCUGCUCUCGGAGCACAGAGAGUCCCAGCAGCACUCCAUCACAGUCAGAACGCCUCCUGCCCUUGCUCCUACUCAGCUCUUCCUCACACUACAUUCCAUGACAUUUUAUUAAAAGAAAGGCUGGGGGGCACUGCAUACCCCAGAACCAGAGCUCAUUCUCUACAUUCUUGCCGGCCACAGUGACUGGAGGAGGGGUGUGGACCAAUGGCCCAGAGCUCACCCUGUCCACCAGCCCCACUCCCUGGUCUCAGCUCCUGAGAAGUGGGCAAUGCCUCCUGCCAUGGGCCAGGCCUGUGACAGGGCGAGAGGCAGCCACUAGCCAGUGGCCACUGAGAGGUCUGGCCUGGAGUGCAGGUACCGGAGCUAACAGGAGGUAAUUGGUAGGUGUUGGUGGGUGCAUGGCCAGGGGCGGGGGGAACAUCCCACAGGGCCAGGCCACCACUGCCAGCCAGGCCAUUUAUGCACAAGUAUUUUAUUUACUGACUGCUGAUGAGGAACAGGCCAGCAACAAUCACACACAUUCUCACAUGAAGGAGGGACACACAAGCACACAAUCACCCCAAGACCUGCAGGGGGUGACCUAAGUUCAAGGGGGUAAACCUAACUGGGACAGCCAUAUACCUGCCCCUGUCGCCAAGACUGAGGAAGCAGAAGCCUCCGUACCUUCCUCAGCCUGUUCAGGAUCUUGGCCAGCACACUCUGUGGACCGGAGCCCAAGGUGCUCUUGGGGUACCCAUCUCAGGUUUUUUCCAGGAGUCACAGAAGUGGGAUGUGGGCUGUCAAUCACAACAUCCCCACCUCAGGACCCAAGGCCUUCUGGGAAAGCUAUAGCUAGCCAGCACUCUCAGUUAAGCAGAAAACCUUUCCAGAUCAUGCUUUAUGAUGAGAAAUUGUUUCCUAACAGGAAAUCCAGUUCUAGUUACUAUGGACGGUGCUAUCUGCAUAGGUGUGCACAUGGUCCCUACCAGGGCCUGUCGGCACCCAGAUCCCAUCUAUUGGUCCUCACAGAAGGCUAAAUGCUCCUCCCGGGGGUGAGCAGUGUGGAGGCAGAUCUUUUCCCCUGGAUAGAGGUUGAGGCUGGUGCCCAGGAGUUCAAGGCCCAGGGCAAUGCAUGAGCUGGGAGAGUACACGGGCAGACGCAGGGGGCUCUUGGGGAGACUGAAUCCAUCUCCUACACGUCUCUGCUUGAACAUCGCAGCCUUUCUUCUACACCCUGUGGUCAGGUCUUGGGCCCUGUCUGGAGUCCUGAAGGCGUCCACAUCUGUGAUCCACAUGACAUCCAACCGUGGCCACUGCUCCUCCCAGGGUGCUGCUGAGGAGACACACCACCCUGUAUGUCCGGGGGGGG